CAGGCGUGAUUUGUAACAGUCAUGCUCGCAGUCCACUCGCAAAAAAUAGCAUUAUACGCUUAUAAUCAUACGUUACUUUCUAUUACUACUCAAAAACGAAACACUUGCACUCACUCCACACCUGCACUAAGCACUAAUCAAAAUGAUCAGACCUAGUGUAUCAUUGUAUGUAGUUACAGCGUCUGUUUAGUUUGCCUUCGGUCUGUUUUGUGCGAAGUUCAAGUUGUGAUAUGAGGUGCUAAAUGAUAACGUUUUGUCACAAAUGGAUGCAUUUACGGUCAGUCUGGUAACAAAAUGACUCUUACGCCUGAUCGGUAUAUUUUGUCAUUGAGUUAGACAAAUUUCCUGGUUGUAUGAAGUGUAAUUAUAAAUUACACAAUGGAUCUUCAGAAAUAUUAUCAAACUCACAAUAAGAUCAAGUUAUUGUUUGAGAAACUGGCGGCUGCCAACUAUGUGAUGAAUAACUAUUACGCCGAUGAUUUCAUCAACAAAUUCCUGGAUAAAUCCGACCCAGAAAUCAUUCAGAUCUGCUCCAUGCCAUUAGUGUCAGACUUGAUAGCUGAGAAUAUGUCCAAGUGUGAGAACUGCCACAUUUCAGUGAAGGUGUUCUUGACCAGACUGCUCGGCAUAGCAUCCGCCAAUGAACUUCAUUUUGUAAAAAUGUUUGCACAUGUUGAAGAUUCUGUCAUCAAAAGUUUCAAAGACAUUAAUUCCUCGAGCAUGAAUGCCAGCCAGAGGGUAGCGUUCUUGGAAGUUGCUCUUUCUCUUAUCAAACAUUGCUCUGGUCGGAUGUGGCUGCUGAGGACAGAAGUAUGGAAGGACAUUUUCAUGUUAGUCAAAGAAAAAAGGACUGUAUUUGUUGUGCGCCAAGUAUACCAGUUUGUGGCUAAAUUCAUGUGGGCAUUGAAUGAUGUUGGUGACGUCGCCAAUAUAAAUGUAGCUCUAAGCUUCAUCCUAGCUCCUAUUCAAGAAAUUGGCAUUGUCAAUCUCUGUGCAAUGAAUGAUGAAUUUGAAGCUGAAAUUUGCAAGAAAGUAGAACCUAUGUGUCACAUGUUACUGGCUAUAUUUAGUGAGAAAGAUCGCAUCCGCACCUCCAACAAACUAAUCAAUUGCCUGAUAUCAGAAUGCUUCAUUAUCACUAACAUAGGAAUGUAUGUUAAUGUAAUACGUUCAGAAGAAACUGUUUUAAUGAGCGCUAAAAUAGUGUUCUGGGCACUUCUCGGCAAUAUAUUUCAGUUGAAACCAGUGGUAGAUGGAGUUGUGUACACACAAGAGGAUUUCCUUGGACUCAAUGCCUUUUAUUUCAAUACAUUGAAAUUUUUUAUACAAAGACGUAAUACAAAGUUAGUUCUGGACUUUUGCAAUGCAUGUAAUAUGAUAUGGAAUAUUGCAUGGCAGGACCAGAAGCCUGUGAUGAGUGACAAAGACAAGAAGUCUGAGAUGCAGAGUCAGAUACUGUUCAUAUGUGUGGUGCCACUCUUAAUUUGGAUAACAAUGGGAAAGAGCAGUAUAGAAAUGAUGAAGGAGGAAAUUAUUGCUACGCACAUGUUAGAUGUUAUGAAUAAUACUUACAGUGAACAUACAAUGCGUGCCGCAUACGGUUUAAGAGAUCUUAUGUACGAGACAGAUGUGAUGGGUACGGUGAUGCAGACAGUCAAAAUGUUGACUUGUCUGCAAACACACCUAACUGAUGAACAGGCAAACAUUAUGUUUCAAUCAUUAUUCUUUGUACUAAAAGACUAUAAUCCAAAUAAGGGUGUUUCUCAAAAUUCGCGAAUGGAAGAAUACACAGAGAGUGCAGAGAAGGUUAUAGUGAUGUGCCACAUAAUGGAAAUCAUACUUUCAUUGGUGACACAUUAUAAUAUCAACUGGAAUGAGAGCUUGGAAGUGUUGUGUUUGUAUGGCGUUGUGCACUGUAUACUGAAGGGACCCAAUUUACCACCGAAGUUUGUGGUGGUCUCUCUUAACGUAUUGGCGCUGUCGGUAAAGAAGUUCCUAACCCCAAACCUAUCGUUAUUGGUCGAGUCGACGCCCGGCACGUCGCUGUAUGAGAUCGGCGCCCUCAUUCACAGGAAGAUGAGUGACUUACACUGGGAAGUGAGGGAUUCUGCACUAGAACUCCUUUUCGUUUGCAUAGAUAUCUCAUAUAUUAAAUUCCCGUCGUUUCAAAAGCAAAUACUAGAGGAGAACCUUAUAAACGUGGCGGCGACGCUGGCGCUCAACGACUACGAGUGCUACGUGCAGGCCUCCGCCCUGCGCUGUCUCGGCGCCGCCAGCCGCGUGCCCGCCAUCUGGGACCAGCUGCACAAGGAGUACCCCAACAUACAGGAACAAUUGCUAUUGAUCUUACGUACAAACUCCGAAGGCAUGGUGCGGAGGGAAGCUUGCAACGUCCUCUGCGAAAUAUACCAACACUUGAAAAUGUCGGCUGUUGCGAAACACACUCUCUACGAGUACAUGGUGUCGUCAGCUCUGAGCGACUUCCAUUGGGAGGUCCAGAUCAGUGCGUUGAAGUUCUGGAGAAUCGUUAUACAGACCCUCCUUACUGAACAAGGCAUGUUAGAUGGAACCUUUCCACCGGUCACUUUCUCCAAAGAAUCGCGAAAAAUUGUCACUUUAAACUCAGCUGAAAUCCAAAGAAGACUUCUGAAGGUCUUAGAUGAAUUAUCUUCAGUAGGCUGCUUAACAGUCCUCGUGAAAUUACUGAACGAAGACAAUGAAACAGAAUUGUUGGAGCUGUCCAUAAAUAUAUCUCUAGAGCUGUUAGACAUUUUGAACAAAUACAAGUUGCCAGAUUGCAUAAAGGCUAAUGAAGGUGAUCCGCUAAAUGUAGAAGAUUUAAUGUGCCAUAUCAAAGAGGACGACGAUAAUGAAUCCAUGGAAAGCACACCCUCUACCACCCAAAAAUCUGAAAAUGUAAUUGAAGGCAUUUUAAAAUCUGACGAUAUAAAUUUAUUGGCAAACAUAUAUGAACGGCAUAUGAAUCUGAAUAAUUCUAUUGCGGAGCCACAAAUAAAACCUAAAAUUAGGUUAUUGAAGUCAGCCUCUCCAUAUUUGUUCGUAAAUUAUCUGAAAAGCAAAGAUUUCAAAGCAAUUCUUGAGCAUAAGAAGAAGUGGAAGGAAGGGAUACGUAGCUUAUCGUCACUCUUAGAUGAUAUACUUGGCAUCUAUGAGGUCAACGAAGAAGUGAACACCCUAGAUUGUUAUUGAGAUUAUGUAGUUAUAAGUGAAAAUUACAAAUCGUUAUGUUGUUUACAAAGUAAUAUUUUAUUAUUAUCAAAUAAAAAUAUUGCAUUUGUACAGUA